AUGAAAUGCUCAAGGAUUUCAUUGACCAAUAAUACAGACGAGUUAAAUGGGUCUGCACUAGACUACUAUGAUAGCUUUUCCGAAAAGGUAACUUUUCUAAACACUCGCAUCGGCAUUCUAGACUCCGUAACGGAAACGCAUCGUGCACGAUACAACAAAUACAAAUGUCUUCUCGCAUUGAUCAUCACACCGGCAUUUAUACUAGCACUCGGCACACCGUUAUGGAUGUAUUUUUCUAAAGAAACAAACCAAGCAGAAAUCACGUCAGAAAGUUCAACAACGUUAGAGUCAACAGAUGAACCAAAUGAUGGUUAUAAUUAUUGUUUCAACCCCGUCACAUGUGUAAUGUCUUUGAAAAGCUUGACUUUAUGGGCUGUUGCAUUUAUUUUUUUGGCUGGGUUGAUGUUGUCCUGGACUAUUGUACAAGGAGAGAAGACGCUACGCGAGACAAUCAAACGUACAUUAAAAGCCUUUAACCAACUCGAUAAUCGACGACAAAUAAAUUGGCGAUUACUUGAAUCUCACGAGUAUUUGGAGAUUCAGGAAAAUCAUCCAUCGGAAUUACAGGAGAUUUUUAUCCUUGAAUCUGGUCGAAUAUUUGCGGAAAUUUUGGUAAUUGGUAUCGAAAAAUUUUCUGGUAGCGCUUCCUCACAACAACCGCUAGCCAAUGAUGAUGAAAAUUCUUUAACAACAAAUGGGCCUGCCAAUAAUGUCGACUCUUUAACAACAGACGCUUCUGAAAAGGUACUAGGAAAAGGGCAAACGCCAUCACGCCCGCCGAACGCAUGGAUUCUGUAUCAUAAAAAUUUCCAAGCUUUGGAAGGCCAAUAUCAACAAAAUCUAUCAGCAGUAACAACAUCAGCUAGGGCCUCUUUAAGCUGGAAAGAAUUACCAAAAAAUGAACGCCAUGCUUGGACUUUGUUGGGGCAGAUUGCCGAACAAAAACAUAAUAAGAUUUACCAAUAA